UUCCAAGUCGCACGACACUGCAACGAGUACACAGGAAUAGCAAAUCGCUAUCGUGGUUGUCGUCGCUCUGUUGCCGUCGUCGAUACUUGGCUGCUGCUGCUCAAACUUUCGUCGUCAUCCAUUUAUCGUCACUUUAUAGUAAAAGCCGUCCGUCUUUUACUCCGACAAACUCGUCCGUCCGCAAUAUGAACCGGGCACUAAUAUUGCUUCUAUCAAUUGUUUUUGUUGUUGCUGAAUCACCAUAUGGUGGUGGAAGUGGCAAUAGCAAUGGAAAUGGUAGAAAUGGAGGAUACGGAGGCAAAGGACAAUACGGCGGAGGAAAUAGUGGUGGAGUAGGUUCAUCAUCAGCCAGUCCGUUUUUCAGUGGUGCUAAUCAAUAUGGAUCUCAAUCCGGUUUAUCGGGAGCAGCCAAUAAUCGGUAUUCUUCAUUUGGAUCUAAAUUUGGAAGUAACAAAGGAAGCUAUGGAGGAUCUGGUUCACGGAACAAUGGCCGAUAUGGUAGUGGAUCGUCAAAUGGUUAUGGAAGCGGUUCUUCAGGUGUUCUAGGUGGCACUGGAAGAUCAACCGGUGGUUAUGGAGGUGGAUCUUCAGGAAGUUAUGGAAGUGGUUCUUCAGGUAGUUUAGGUAGUCCUUCUGGAUCAAUUUAUGGAUCCGGCUCUUCUGGAGGUUUCGGUAGUGGAUCAUCUGGAAGCUACGGAGGAGGAUCUUCAGGAGGCUUUGGCAGUGGAUCAUCUGGAAGCUACGGAGGAGGAUCUUCAGGAGGCUUUGGCAGUGGAUCAUCUGGAAGCUACGGAGGAGGAUCUUCAGGAGGCUUCGGCAGUGGAUCAUCAGGAAACUAUGGAGGAGGAUCUUCAGGAGGUCUCAGCAGUGGAUUAUCAGGAAGCUACGGAGGAGGAUCUUCAGGAGGCUUCGGCAGUGGAUCAUCGGGAAACUAUGGAGGAGGAUCUUCAGGAGGUCUCGGUAGUGGAUCAUCAGGAAGCUAUGGAAGUGGAGGACUUGGUGGAGGUUCUUCGGGUAAUAACGAUGGUUAUGGAUCUGGAGGUUCUGGAUCGUAUGACUCACUUGGAGGAGCCAAUGGUAAUGGACUUGGUGGAUCAGGAAACGAUCCACUCUCAGAACCAGCCAACUACGAAUUUUCUUACGAAGUUAAUGCGCCGGAAUCUGGUGCUAUUUUCGGUCAUAAAGAAAGUCGUCAAGGUGAUGAAGCUACUGGAGUGUAUCAUGUAUUAUUACCCGAUGGUCGAACACAAAUUGUUGAAUACGAAGCUGAUGAAGAAGGAUACAAACCUAAAAUUACAUACACUGACCCAGUAGGAGGAUAUGCCGGUGAUCGCCAAUCUGGAAAUAAUUAUGGUGGAAAUGGAGGCAUUGGUGGUUCAGGAAGUUUUGGGGGAAGCGGUGGUAAUUCGGGAGGUCUUUACAAUAAUGGCGGUGGAUCUAGCAACAAUGGUGGAGCGUAUGGUGGUUCAAGUGGAAGCAGAUAUGGGGGAUCUGGAGGAAGUGGUUUGGGAGGAGGAUAUGGUGGAUCAGGUAGUUCAAGUGGUGGGCUAGGGGGUGGAUAUGGUGGAUCCGGUGGUUCAAGCGGUGGUCUAGGAGGUGGUUAUGGAGGAUCCGGUGGAUCUGGUGGUUCAAGCGGUGGUCUAGGAGGCGGAUAUGGAGGAUCCGGUGGAUCUGGUGGUUCAAGCGGUGGUCUAGGAGGUGGCUAUGGAGGAUCCGGUGGAUCUGGUGGUUCAAGCGGUGGUCUAGGAGGUGGAUACGGUGGGUCCGGUGGUUCGAGCGGUGGUCUAGGAGGUGGAUAUGGUGGAUCUGGUGGUCUAGGAGGUGGCUAUGGAGGAUCUGGUGGAUCCGGUGGUUCAAGCGGUGGGCUAGGAGGUGGAUAUGGUGGAUCCGGUGGUUCAAGCGGUGGUCUAGGAGGUGGAUAUGGUGGAUCCGGUGGUUCGAGCGGUGGUUUAGGAGGUGGCUACGGAGGAUCAGGAAGCUCAAGCGGUGGACUAGGAGGUGGCUACGGAGGAUCAGGAAGCUCAAGCGGUGGACUAGGAGGUUUAUAUGGUGGAUCCGGUAGUUCAAGCGGUGGCUUAGGAGGUGGAUAUGGUGGAUCUAGUGGUUCAAAUGGUGGCUUAGGAGGUUUAUAUGGUGGAUCCGGUAGUUCAAGCGGUGGUUUAGGAGGUGGAUAUGGUGGAUCCGGUGGUUCAAGCGGUGGUUUAGGAGGUGGAUAUGGUGGAUCUGGUGGUUCAAGUGGUGGCUUAGGAGGUGGAUAUGGUGGAUCCGGUGGUUCAAGUGGUGGCUUAGGAGGUGGAUAUGGUGGAGCCGGUGGUUCAAGUGGUGGCUUAGGAGGUGGAUAUGGUGGAUCUGGUGGAUCCGGUGGUUCAAGUGGUGGCUUAGGAGGUGGAUAUGGUGGAGCCGGUGGUUCAAGUGGUGGCUUAGGAGGUGGAUAUGGUGGAGCCAGUGGAUCAAGUGGCAGCACUGGAGGAGGAUAUGGUGGAUCAGGUGGUGCUAGUGGAAGUGGUUUGGGAGGUGGAUAUGGUGGAUCUGGUGGUUCAAGUAGUGGUCUAGGUGGAUCUUAUGGUAGUAACCGUAAUAGUUUAGGAAGUGGGUCAUCUUAUUAAUACUAUAUUUAUUGCUCAAAUUUAUAAUCAUCUCGUUAUAAAAUCUAAACUAAACGUUUACUAUUACUCAUGAAAUGAAUAAAUAUUACGAUACCAUUUUUUAGUUGUAUCGAUAUUACUAUUCCAUUGAUAGUAUUAUAAAUAGUGAUUUUAUAUUCACAGAUUUUAUAUUUGUGUGUUUUGCACAGUUUAUUUUUUGUUUGCUUUACACGUAUUUCUGUAUACUAUUGAGUUACACAUAUUUGUAUGUAUAAAUCACAUU